AUGUGUGGUGCCAGUGGCCAGUACCCCAUGAGAUGCAAACAUCAGGGGAUCCAGCUAAUACCUCAUUCCCCCUUGGGGCCUGGCCUAGACUGGGCAUGUGGUGUGUGUGUGUGUGUGUGUGUGUGUGUGUGUGUGUGUGUGUGUGUGUGUGUGUGUGUGUGUACUGUUCAUCUAUCUAUCCAUCCAUCCAUCCAUCCAGGGAUUCAUUCAUUCUACAUGCCAAAUGUGGGCCAGGCUCAAGGGACCCAGAGAGGAGAGCCCUCUGGGAGUCCCCAGUCUGGUAGAGGAAGCAGGAGUAGACACAAUGAGAGCACAUUAGAAACAGGCACAAUCACAGAUGGAAGCCAGGUGCUGUGGGUGCCCCAAGGAGGAAUUGCCUUGGGUGGAUUAGGGAACACUUCCCAGCUAAGGCUUGGAGCACAGGUAGGAGUUCAUUUGGUGCUAAUAGUAGAAGUAGUGGCCAGGUGCAGUGGCUCACGCCUGUAA